CUUCUUCAGAUCUUGAUUAUUCAGCAGAAAUAUCCUUUGCUUCUUAUAUAAUAUUACAUUCUGAUGAUGUAAUUAUUACAGUUUCAAGAAUUGAUUGCUUAACUACAUUCUUUCAACUAUCGAAUGCAACUGUAAGACCACUUUUUUCUGAUUGUGCAAUUGAUUCAAGUGAUAAUUUAAUAUCUUUUGCUGUGUCUUCUAAAAUAUUUCUAGCUAGAUUUUUUCUUGAUGAUAAAGAUUUUGAGCGAAGUACAGGUUUUGAUGAUACAGCCUUAAUUAAGAUUUCUCAAAAAUGUGAUAAAUUGCAAUUUUUAAAUAUUAGUUUUAGUGAAGAUAUUACUGGUAAAUCAUUUUGUGAAAUAGCACAGUCAUGCAAUGGGUUAAAACAUCUAGGAAUUAAUAUUCGUUCUUCUAGUAGACUUACCGAUACUGCUAUUUAUACCCUUACAGAUUUAUGCCCAAAUCUGAGAAGUUUAAAACUCGAGUAUUAUGAUGAAAUAAAUAAUAUAGCCAUCAGAAAAAUUGCAUAUUGUCAUUAUUUGAAACAUCUUGAACUCUAUAGUAUAAAGGCUCUUAGUGGAUAUUACUCAUUACCACUUAGGCGGUAA